AUACGGGGCCUUGUGGUUCUUCUGGUGCCAAUCUGAGUUCCUCAGAGUUUUACGGCUCGUCCCCGUACCGAGUGCAACGACAUGCGGCCAAUAUCAGAGAGAGAAAACGGAUGCUGAGGUCUGCUAUUGGACCCACCGGCAGUAUAAACUCCGCUUUCGACGAAUUGAGGAUGCACGUCCCCACAUUUCCAUAUGAGAAAAGAUUGUCUAAAAUUGACACACUGAGACUGGCCAUAGCUUACAUAGCUUUGCUAAGGGAAGUUUUAACCGCCGAUUGCGACCCUCUCACCUAUGUUGAAAAAUGUUUGCGAGGAGAAAUUAAAGCAGACAGAGCCAACUGGAACACAAGUGAUUUAACAGCAAGAUUGUCUUGGAUCAAUUGGGAAAAUUUGGGCGUGACUCCGGGAAGAAGAAGCACUUUAACAACUUUAGCACUGGGUACUUCAGACAAUACCAGUUCGUAAAAAUUGAAGGCAUUUAUUUGAACUUGUUAGUUCACCUUACUUACAUCAGACAUCACUUUGGAAGGGAUUGGUACAGGAAAAUAGGUAAGGAACAUCAUCAGUAAAUAGUUACUAAAAUAUAUUUGCUAGUCAAGUGUGUUAGACGAAGCUUUAUUAGAAUUCAUAACUAAGAAGUGCACACAAUAUGGGGAUUACGUUCUGAUGAAGUCCUGGCCUUAGAAACCGUACCAUCCUUUAUCUACUAAGUGCAAUAUAGUUCGUUAAGUGUGUUGUAGAUACCUAUUAAUAUUUAGUGUAAGUUGAGGAAAAAAUAUAUUGUUUGUAUAA